CUGGUCUUGUCUCAGUCUAGUUCGCUCGGGUCUGUCAGAGCGCGAGGACGGACGGACACUUUACGGGAUACGCAAGUACGCGUGGAGCACUAACUCGCCGAAAGAUUAAUAACAAGCCAUUAUCAGUUGAACGUCACGUCACGGCAUGUAACAGCUACCAAGUGAGGAGCUAGCGAACAGUUGGCAAAUUUUGUGCGCGUGUUUGUCGCGAGCCUACCGUGAGCUACGUACGCGACCGUCAAGAAAGAAGGACCUCUUUGUCGUGGACCCCCACCGUGUUGCGACCCGCUCAGGGCAUGUGUGCGCAUGGAUGGAUUCAGAUGCUGAGCUGAGCUAAGGCACUUUCAAGACAGCGGGAAAGCGGGGUAUUGACGGCGUCGGCGUCAUUGAGUCCAGCAGAACCUGACAGUUGGCGUCAUGUGUUCCUGCUGAGUCGUCACUUUGGGGUCACCAUGAGGCGGACGCCGCCUCACCCCACUCACCCAGUUUGCUACCCUCGCCCCUCCCCUUCCUGCUCCUGCUGUUGCUGCUGGAGACCGCCGCCUCCUUGCCGCCUCCCACCGGUGCCGCCGCCCCUUUCCCGCAGGACCUGGAGCCCAUCAGCGUGGUCGGACGAGACGCUUCCUACUUGUUCCCCAGUUUCCAAGGCUUGACAGAGGACAAUGACACGGAGCGUCUGGGUCUGGACUUCCAGAGAAUGCUGAGGAUCAACCACAUGCUCUACAUCGCCGCACGGGAUCACGUUUUUGCCAUCAAUUUGGCGGCCUCCACGGAGCAAAUCCUCCCGCAGCAGAAGCUGACGUGGAAGACCAAGGACGUGGAUAAGUGCACCGUGCGAGGGAAAAACAGCGACGAAUGUUACAAUUACAUCAAAGUUUUGGUGCCCCGCAACGAUGAGACGUUGUUUGCGUGCGGUACCAACGCCUUCAACCCAACAUGCCGUAACUACAAGAUGUCGACUUUGGAGCAGGACGGUGAGGAGAUGGUCGGUCAGGCUCGUUGUCCCUUCGAGUCGCAUCAGUCCAACGUUGGGCUUUUUGCAGGAGGCGACUUCUACUCGGCAACUAUGACCGACUUCUUGGCGAGCGAUGCCGUCAUCUACCGCAGCCUGGGCGAGAGUCGCCCCGUGUUACGGACUGUCAAGUACGAUUCAAAAUGGCUGCGAGAGCCUCACUUCCUGCACGCCAUCGAGUACGGAAACUUUGUGUACUUCUUCUUCAGCGAGAUCGCGGUGGAGUACACGUCGCUGGGCAAGGUGGUUUUCUCCAGAGUGGCGCGCGUGUGUAAGAACGACAAUGGCGGUUCUCCUCGAGUUCUGGAGCGCUACUGGACGUCCUUUCUAAAGGCCCGCCUCAACUGCUCCGUGCCGGGCGACUCCUUCUUCUACUUCGACGUGCUGCAGUCCCUCACUAACGUGCUUCAGAUCAACCGCCGGCCCGCCGUACUCGGCGUCUUCACCACGCAGGCCAACAGCAUCACCGGCUCGGCCGUGUGCGCCUUUUAUAUGGACGACAUCGAGAAGGCCUUCAGCGGGAAGUUCAAGGAGCAGAAGAACAGCGAGGCGGCCUGGACGCCCGUCCCUGACGAGCAGGUUCCCAUACCAAGGCCCGGCUGCUGUGCCGGCGAAGGCUCAGCUGCUGACCUCAAGUCGUCCACCGCCUUCCCCGACGACACGUUGACCUUCAUCAAGUCCUACCCGCUUAUGGAUGAAGCGGUGCCGGCCGCCAAUAACAGGCCACUCUUCACCAGGACCACCAGCAGGUUCAAGUUGACUCAGAUCGCAGUGGACACAUCGGCGGGCCCCAACAGGAACUUCACAGUGAUUUUCUUGGGUUCCGAGGACGGCCGAGUCCUCAAAGUUCUCACCAGCACGGAUGGAAACAACCAGACGCUCAGCACCACAAUCCUGGAGGACAUCACGGUCUACAACCCCAACAAAUGCAACGUGAGGGGGGAGGAGCGUCAGGUGUUGGGGAUGGAGCUUGACCGAGACCACCGCGCCCUCUUCGUGGCCUUCUCAGGCUGCGUCAUCCGCGUGCCGCUCAGCCGCUGCGACGACUACGACUGCAAGACACGCUGCCUGUCCUCUCGGGACCCAUACUGCGUGUGGCUGAAGGCUGGAAAGUGUGUCGCCGCCACACCCGGAUCCAAAGGCGCCUUUGAACAGGACGUAGAGAACGCCGCUCUUCUCCAUCCUAACACCUGUCACGAUGUCCUGGCGACCACUCGUAAGCAUAACACGCCUCUGGACUCGGCUUACGGGAAGGCACCACCCACAAGCACCGGCCCGUCCAAUCAUAAGGGAGGCAGGUGACCCUGAAGAGGUCCAGGUCCGGACAGGCCCUCCCUACGAGGGGGGGCAAGGUCACCUGACUCGGAGCCAAUCAUUGUGGAGAUGGAGGGCGUUCGCCGACCUUCCGAAGUGGACAAGAGCAACCACAAGCGUCCACAUACACGCUGCUGAUACGCCUGCGUCCUGGUGGCCUUCGUGCUGGGCGCCUUCCUGUCAGGCUUUUUGGUGUCCUGCUAUUGCAACCGG